AUGGCGGCCGCAAUUAUCGGCCCGGAGCUCGGCCGAACCGCUGGGCAGGCAAAAAUAGACCUCUUAUUAGUUGGCGAUGUCACUAUUCAGUACCUGGCUGAUAUUGUGCAGAAAUUCUUUUCAGAUAUAGCAGAAGUCACCAUCACCAUUAGUGAUGUGAAGAAGGCAGCAGCACUUGCGGAUGACUGCACGUUCAACAUGGUUUUCCUGAAGUUGACUUCUUUACCGACUGCUGAGGAGCUGGAAGCUUUCAAAUUAAUUAGAUUUGGCAAGAAAAAAAAUACACAUUCGCUACUUGUUUUUAUAAUCCCUGAGAAUUUUAAAGAUUGUAUUUCAGGGCAUGGAGCUGAUAUUACUUUAACUGAACCACUGACAAUGGAAAAAAUGAGUGUGGUGGUAAAAUACUGGAAAACGUAUUUCUCAAAUACUGUUAACAAUGAAAUUUGUGUGAAGCCUGAAGAACCUGAAUUGCCCCUGCAGGAGUCCUGCAGUGAACACCUGGGAUAUUUUUCUACUGAUCUAUUUACUUGCUCUGAAUCUCUAAGAAAUGACAUUGGGUUUGAAUUAAAGGCUCCGUUGUCAAAAUUCGAGAAAAGCAAAAAGAUUUCUCUUCUUCAUUCAAGGAAGGAAAGGCUGAGAAGAGAACGAAUCAAGCAGUGCUGUGAGCAGCUGCGUACCCUGUUGCCGUAUGUAAAGGGGAGAAAGAAUGACAUGGCUUCGAUUCUCGAGGCAACAGUCAAUUACAUGAAGCAUGUCCAGGAGAAAAUCCCUCCAGCCCUCAUGGGCCAGAUUGCAGAAGUGCUUCAGAGCAAUAAAAGGUUUUGUAAGAAACAACAGAUGCCCAUCCAGCUAUCCGUCCCAGGCACGAUCAUGGCACAAAGGGAAAACAGUGUGUUGACAAGCACUUUUUCACCUAUGAGAGGGAUCAGAUUCCUGGCUAAUAAAUUCUUGAACAUGUACUCUAUUCCUGCCUCCAGGGCCCCCUUGGAGGAGGCUGUGAGAGGUCAGUCCAGCUCUGCGUCGGAGAACACUAUUAGUGAUAUGUUUAAAACCCGAAUCCCCAGCACAGCUCUCUCUCUCAAUUCCUUUCAUGCUGUCAGAUACUAUUCUAAAGUUGUGCCUUCCUGUGAUGCAGCUGCCGUAACAAAUCAGAACAUUUUGGUGCAUUUUCCAACAGCUGUGCCCAAAGUCUCGAAGUUUCUUCCUCAGCAUUGCAAUUCUGUGCUGGACCAGGCGUGCACAGCACACCCCAACUGUCUGCAACAGUUUUGGGCGUAUUAA